UCAAAUAUAUCUUUGGAAACAAAUCGAGAAAUCGAUUGCUAUGGAGAUGAACGGUGAAGACGUGGUGGAGGUGUGGGAUACGCUGAGUAAUGGAUUCAAACGAGCUCAGGUCGUUCUUGAUCAGAACCGUGACUUGAUACAACGAGUCAACGAAAACCACAUGUCUCGGAUCCCUGAUAACGUAGCUAGAAACGUUGCCCUGAUCAACGAGAUCAAUGGUAAUAUUUUUCGAGUUAUGGAGAUUUACUCUGCUUUAUCUGUCGAUUUCGCCACAAAGCUCGAUCAGCGGCGGACUAGGACGGCCAAGAACGUUGACACGACAGAAACAACUACGACCACCGGUUCUUACGGCGGUAGACGGAGCUCUUGUGGUUCGUGACGGCGCAAUUCGUGCAAACAGCAAACUCAGGUUAUGCUUUAUGUAUUCAGCUCCUCUGCUUUAGUUUGGUUUCUGCAUGGUCUCUCUCAUUCGUAUAAAUCAAUCACUAGUUACAUGUUUUUUUUUUUAGUGGUCCGUUGUUUGUAUUAUGAUGGUUAAACAGUAUAGCUUUAUGAGUUGCUCCAAAGAGAUAUGGCUCUGGUUAGUUAUAUAGCCAAGUCUUAAACUUAAUGACGAUGAUGAUGAUGAGAUGAUCCAUCAUUAUAUUGAGACAAUGAGACAUAACAAACAAAUAUGAUUUUAAGUA